GGAAAAACAUUUUUCCCUCUGAGCUGUAGAUGGGUGGUACGGUCGAGCUUUCAGUUGGUUUUUUCAGUUCAUCCUGAAGGUGUUGAGGUGUUGGAUGGGGUUGAGGUCAAGGAUCUGUGCAGAACAGUCAGGUUCUUCCACGGCAAACUGGGAAAACUAUUUCUUAAUGGAGCUGGCUGUGUCCACGGGGGCAUUGUCAUGUUGAAACAGGCAGGGGACAAACACAAACUGUAGACACAAGGUUGAAUGCACACUAUUGCACGCUAUGUACUUUAUAAGCAAGAAAGUUGAACACAUUGUGCAUGGCUGUGUAUUGAUAUCUCGGUUGGUGCUAUUUCCAGUGUAGUGUCCUGUUAAAAGGGGCGGUAUGAAAUAACCUUGGGGCAUUAUAGGACCAUGUGGUGGAUCAAUGGCUUCAAACUGGGAGUCCUAGUUUGCAACAGCAUUGAAAUAGUGUCAGCUACACUGCACAGUGGGGUCUCGUCUCUCUUCAAGGGACGACAAACGAGCCCUGAUGUCUCCACAAAUGAAUCUGCUCUUUUAUAAUGGCUUUUUGCUGAGGCACAUGAGACAAGGACCCUAGAAAACUUAUAUAAUAAUAUGACAGAAGAUGGGGGAUUGGAACUUAUUAGGGAGUAUUUUAGAAGAGGUCCACAUUCAUUCCACCAUUGUGGGGAAGAUCUGGCUCACUAUCCUCUUCAUUUUCCGAAUGCUUGUGCUGGGCGUUGCGGCUGAGGACGUCUGGGAUGAUGAGCAGAGUGAGUUUGUUUGCAACACGGAGCAACCGGGCUGCAAGAAUGUCUGCUACGACCAGGCUUUCCCCAUCUCCCUCAUCCGCUACUGGGUCCUACAGAUCAUCUUCGUGUCUUCUCCCUCGCUGGUCUACAUGGGCCACGCAUUGUACCGUUUGAGGACCCUUGAGAAGGAGAGGCACAGAAAGAAAGCCUGCCUUAAAGCUGCGCUGGAGGGGACAGACCCAGUCCAGGAGGACCAUAAGAGAAUUGAGCGAGAGCUCAGGAAACUAGAUGAACAGAGGAAAGUAAGGAAAGCUCCCCUUAGAGGCUCUUUGCUGCGCACAUAUGUUUUCCAUAUCUUAACCAGAUCUGUGGUGGAGGUGGGUUUCAUCAUAGGUCAGUGUGCCCUGUACGGCAUUGGACUGUCUCCUCUGUACAAAUGCGAGAGGCUGCCAUGCCCCAACAGUGUUGACUGCUUUGUGUCAAGGCCAACAGAGAAGAACAUUUUCAUGGUUUUCAUGCUGGUUAUUGCUGGAGUUUCUUUAUUUCUCAACCUCCUGGAGAUUUUCCAUCUGGGGGUUAAGGAGAUCAAGCAAAGCUUGUAUGGAUACAAAUACGGAGACGAUGACAGUGUGUACAGGUCGAAGAAAAACUCCAUGGUGCAGCAGGUUUGUGUGCUCACUAACUCCUCACCACAAAGACUGAUGCAGCUCACACAGAUGACCUGCUCUGUUGUGUCUGAUCCUCACGGGGAGACCCUGCCUUUGAAUUUGGCUCCUCAGAAUCCGGAGAGGUCCCACAGUUCCAACCAGCAGCCUGCACAGAAGUACCCGUCAAGCCAAGCGGACAUCCAGGGUCUCCAGCAGCUGGGGGCUGUGGAGCGGCGCUACACUCUGGACAACAAGAACCCCUCAUGCAGCAGCGAUGAGUCAAAUGGACCUCACAGUUCGGUCCAGCCGCAGUAUGCAGGACCUCGACCCACACUCAUGGCCGGCCACAUGGAGAUCCCAGCAGCCUUGAGGAACCCACAGAGGAAGCAAAGCAGAGUGAGUGCUUGUAAGGAGCUCAGUGACAUGAGUGAUUCUCCGGAAAGCGACCACUACCCCACAGCCAGGAAGUGCAGUUUUAUGUCCCGAGGAAUGUCGGAAGACAAGCUGGCCACUGACAGCACCGAUUCUCAGAGUGGAACAGACAUCGAAGCCCAGCACCUCAACCAGGGAGAGAGUCCAAUGACCCCACCGCCACCAGCCAGUGGGAGGAGGAUGUCCAUGAGCAUGAUUCUGGAGCUGUCUUCCAUCAUGAAAAAGUGAACUGAGAUUGACUAAGCUUGUGGCAUAUGGGAGCUCUAAAGGGACUGAGGGAUCCUGAUCACAAAGCGAAUCUCACCCUGUCUCUUCAGUUUAACUUCCUGUUUCCACAGUAUGUUUAUACAGUGUGUAUUGUGCAUGACCAAGAACUUCACUUCAGAUAUGUUAAUAUGACAUUCCAAGACAAAAGAAGCUUAGUAAUUUUCUUCAUGUGCAAAUGAUAUCUCCAGCCUCUUUAACAUUGAUAGUUUGCAAGCUACUUGCUAUUUAGGGUUGUGGGUAGUUUUUAGAGACCAUAAAUCAAAUGUGAAUUAAAUUUAUAUUUGGCUCAAAGCUUAUGUGACAGCUCAUAAAAUGAGACCAAAAGCCUGUUGCUAUGACAUUUGACUGAAGAUUGUAAUUAAAGAUUGUGGAAUUGGCAACCACAGAAAAGCUGAGAGAGCUCUCUGAACCGGUGUUUAUGAUUUAUCAUACAGAACGAGCCGGAGAGAAAAGGGCUCUUGAAUUUCAACGUUUUGUUUUGACCAAGAGCAGCCUAAUACAGUUGAUGAAUAUAUCUGACACAUUGAAGCUUUUAUUGCGAAUAUUUCUGUUGUCCUGUUGUUGUUUUUCUAUUAAACUCUUCUCCCUCUUCA